AUGCAAGAAAAUCGUGAAUCCUAUGAUUCUAUUGAUUUGUGUUCAUGUAAACACUAUUAUUUAUUUUCAAAAGUUUCUCCUAAACUAAGUGAUUCUUUUAGACCAUAACACAUUAAACCAGAUUUUUCUAAUGCUCCCAUUAAAAAUAAUACUGGAUCAAUUGGAUCUGUAUAAUUUCCAUCUGCUGAAAUUCAACUACUUCAUCAUCAGACUGCAAAUCCUCGUGGGAGUAUUCAUAUUAAAAAAGUAUAUAUUUUUUGAUAUAACCCAGCUUAAUAAAAAUAAUGAAUGGGCUUUGAUUAAUAUCAAAAAGGAAACUAUUGAUCCUUAAAAACUUCAAAAAAAUCCUAGAUUAUCAAAAAUGUUUUAUAAAGAAGCUUUAAUUCGAAGAUUUGUUGAUAAAUUAAGAAAGUAAGCCUAUAUAUUACCAAAAAUAUUGUCAAACAAAAUGAAAAACUUCCUUAGAGAAAAUUACAUUGAAAAUAAAAGAAUUUCUAAUUAAUAAAAAAUUAUACUUUCAAAAUCUCAGCAAAAGUAGACUUUAUCAACUCUUAAUCCAACUGGAUAAUUAAUGUUAUUUUGGAAUUUAUUUAGAGCCAUAUAAUUAAUGUUUCUUAUGUGGUGGCUUCCUUUUAAAAUAGCAUUCAAACCUAAUUAUUCUUUUGAAACGAUUGAAACAAUUUUAAUUUAUAUUUUUAUUUUUGAUGUUUUACUUAAAUUGAAUUAAGGAUAUAUUAUGGAAGGAGAAUUUAUAAUGAAUAGAAUCGAUAUUAUUAAACAUUAUAUAGUAAAUGAAUUAAUAGAAGACACAUUAUAUAUUACAACUUAACUGUUUAUUAUUUAUAAAAUUAUGAUUGAUAUUUCAAUCUUUUUUGAACUAUUUGUAUUUUUUUAAUUUAUAAUGAAUUUCAUAAAAUUAAAAAGAAAAAUACACAAAUUUGAAGAAACAUUUGCAACCAAAACUAGUUAUACAUAAUUUGCAGAUUUAAUAUAAUUAAUAAUAACUGUAUUUUAUUUUGCACAUUUUAUGGCUUGUAUAUGGUAUUAUAUAGGUGUAGAAAGUUUGAAGAGUUUUGAUUCAUCUUGGACAACAUAAACUUAAUUUUUAUUAUCAGAUUCUGGAUCUUUUUAUUUAUAUUCAAUUUAUUGGGCUACAGCAACAAUGGUUACUGUUGGUUAUGGUGAUAUAUCUGCUUAAAAUAAUCAUGAGAUAUUGUGUGCAACAAUUCUUAUGAUUUUUUCAACAGGAAUGUUUGCAUUUGCUAUAAAUUAAAUUGGUGAAAUCUUUAGUACUAUUGAUGCUGAAAAAUAGAAUUACAAGAGAACAAUAUUAUUAAUUAAUGAUUAUAUGUAAAAAAAUUAAGUAGAUUAAUAAGUACAAAGUAGAAUUAGAAAUUAUUUAUAAUAUUAAGAAUAAAUUAAAUUAGAAACAUCUAAAGAAUAAUUAGAUUCAAUUUUAUAGAAACUUCCACCUAAUAUUUUUACAGAUUUAAAAACUAAUAUUUAAUCUAAAAUAAUGUAAGAAAUAUCCUUUUAUAAAUCUAAUUUCUCUAAGAAUGUUAUUCCAAUAAUAUCUUAAUAUUUACAAAUCCAAUCUCUUACUCCAAAAGAAAUUAUUUAUCAAUAAGGUUAAUUAGAUGAUUGUAGUCUAUUCACAGUUUGGAAAGGUGAAGUAUUAAUAAUUGAAAGUUAAUCAGGUAAAAUUUUAGCAACUUUAACUAAAGGAUAAAGUUUUGGUGAAGUUGAAUUUUUAACUUAAUAAAAUAGGUAAUUUACAGCUAUAAGCAAAGAUUUAAGUUAAGUAUUAAAAAUAUCAAGAGAAAUGUUUCUUAAAAUAAUAAAAUAUUCUGAUUAUGAUUUUGAGUAAUUUCAUAAAUUGAAAGAUUAAUAUAUGUUUGAAAAAAUAGAUUAAAUUUCAUCAUGUUAUUGUUGUUCAGAAAAUCAUUUCAUUUUGGAUUGUACCAUUUGUUAAUAUAAACCAAAUCUUGAGGUUUUAAUAAGAAAGUAAAAAGCAUAAGAUGUAGUAUCAAUAAGAAGAAAGUUUUAAAGAACAACAGAUAAGAAGACAUUUUGUUAAUUUCAAACAUUAUAAUCUAAUUCAGUAGAAAAAGAAGAGGAACCUUCAGGAUAAAAUGUGUCAUCAUCUGUUAAAGAUCUUACUUAACCCGAAAGAAGUCCUUCUAGAAGACAUAAAACUAGAACUAUUAAUAUAAAGAAUAUUGGUUAAUUAUUCCAUAUUGAAGAUGAAAGAUUAAUUGAUGGUCCAUCAUUUCCAUGGAGUAAUCUUGAUAUUUAGAAUGAAUAAUAAUAAUAAUAGUAGUAAUAAUAAUAAUAAUAAUAAUAAUAAUAAUAAUAAUAAUAAAGUCAAAAUAAAUUAAGUUAUAAUCAAAUUUUAGAAUUACCAUCCUUAAAACAUAAACAUUCAUUAUCAAAUCAUUAAAUUUAGAUUCCUUCAUUAAAUUAGUUAGAAUAAAUGGCAUAGGAAUAUAUAAAAAUAACAAUUUAAGACUUUGAGAAAAUUUAAAAUUAUUAGAUAUAUUUUCCCUAAAAUAAUUUGGAGGUUGUUUUGUUGGGUUAGAAAAAACAACCUAAAAUAAAGAAAAUUUAAGUUGCUGAAACCUUAGGUGAUUUUACAAGGAAAAGAGUAAUAAGUGAAAAUUUUAUGAAUCCAUGA